GCCAAGAUGGCGGCAACCACAAGACUUCAACAAGCUAUGCCACUUUUACGCCGUCCUUUACCACCAAAACCACUACAAAACUUACCAAAGUCCCCGUCGCCACCUCCAAAAGGGAUUCACGAAGAUAUAAUACACGAAAAUCUCUCAAAAUCGCCCGUCAUCCCUUCUUUAUCGCGCUCUAAACACAAGCAAUUUCCAGAAAGACUUUACUCAGGCGAUGUCCCUUUACCAGACACUUCUGUAGUUCAACCUUACCGUCCUCGUGGACCAGCUCCUCUUCCAGCAAGACAACCAAGAAAAGUUCGAGAGCUUCCUGAAGUGUUGAGUGACUCUUACGAAAGACCUCCGCCAGCUUUUACGUUGAAAAAUUUUGUCUUACGAGUUCCUUCUCGAGUUGCUGAAGAAAACAGAGAAAUAGUGAUAUCUGAUCAAAAUUAUGAAAAGUUAACGAGUUGGUUCGCGGCUAAUCGACCUCAGCAGACAAAUAUACACAGCCUAGAGAUUGAUACUUCAGUAAAUGUUCCAGAUGUUACUCCUAGAAUCCCUCCUCGUCAACUCUCAAUUGAAAUGAAAGUCCCAAUUGCUGAAAUGGAAAAGACAGUUGUUACAGCAGAAUCAGGUUAUUCAAUCUAUGCCGAAAAGGUUGCCAAAAUGACCCCAGUCACCCCUGCAGUGUCAAAACGGACCAUCCCACCAAUGCAAAAACCCCUACCCCCCAUAGACCACAGGUCAGAGCACAAUAGAGCAAUUGAAUAUGAGAAAACAGAGAUCAAACUUGAUGAUCUCGACAUCAAGAAGCAAAUAUUACAGUAUGAAGGACCAGAGGUUAAAACUACAGGCCAGUCUGUAGCUGCGCAGAAGGUCGGUACUUUUGACAAAAGACUUCAAGAGCAAGCAUGUGGUUAUGAUAAGGACCAAGGAGUUAAGACAAGGAAGUUGAGAAUUAACUUCAGAGAUGAUAUAGAAGGUGGUGUCUGUGUAAGGGAAGGUGAUGAAGAGUCUGAGGACUCUUUGAUGUUGGAGAGACCUACUCUGAUGGAAAGAGGAAAGGCAUCAUCAUUGGAAAGACCAAAAAUAGUUGCUUUCCCAAAUUCAGAUUUACUUCUCCCCAGCUCUGCUCCAUCAUACUUUCAGGGAGAAGGAAUCCCAAGAACCUCAUCACCCUUUGUAACUUUACAAGACUACCACACACAGGUGUCCCCUUUGGAAGCUGUCAUACUAAACACCCUGAUGACACAGACAACAACACUUAACAUCAAAGCUCAUUUUCUAAGUAGACUGCCUACAUUGGUUCAGAUGUCAGACCACAUCACUCAUGUGAAUGCAUCAUUCAAUGACUUCUGGGUGUUUCCGCCAGAGAUUUUGGACUUAAAGCUGUUGGUGUCACUGAAGCUGCGCAAUAACCCGAUUAAAGAAAUCCCACAUGGAAUAAGUUCUCUCAAGUACCUCAAAGUCUUAGACAUGUCUUUCAGUCUUGUUAAUUCGAUACCGUCUUGUUUGUUUGAGCUAACAGAUCUGGAAAUCCUCGACCUCUCGUACAAUCGAAUAUCAUUUGUUCCCACAGAGGUUGGAAAUUUAAGGAAUUUACGGGAGCUGAAUCUCGAAGGAAACCAAAUCAGAGCGCUGCCUGCUAAUAUUCUUUAUUUACGCCUGAAGUAUUUGAAAAUCUCCAACAAUUUUAUCCAUCCAUUGUUUUGGAGAGAGACAGCCAGCAAUCAGCCACAGAGGCUGAUGGAUCUGUGUGCACUAGUUGUAAACAGAACAAAACAGAACAGUUUGAAGAUGGCUUUGCUGCCCGAUUCUAUCAAAUCCUUUUUGAAAAGCCCCUAUAGGUGUGACUGCUGUGGUGGUGUGCUACUUGGUCAAGGCCUUCGGGUCAUCAAGCCUGUAGACGAAGCAUUCAAAGUCAAGAAUUUACCAUUACUCUUUUCGUCCUGUUCUCAACCAUGUAGAAAAAGGUUCAUCAAGAACAGAGAUGCUAUUGAACUUUGGCUAUUAAGAAAUGAUAUCUUUAAUAACAAACACCACUGAAACGAUUAGAACAAAAUAUAGAAUGGUAUAUAUUUUAACAAGAGACAUAUAUAAAAAAUCAUAAACAUUUAAAAAACAUUUAUAAUUAAAAUUAAAAAAAUACGUAAAACGCUUGUAUAAAUUCUAGAUUAGCGCGUGCCAUACACGACUUUCAAAAAUGGCCGCCAAACUCGGUUGGGGCUAGGGACAAUUGAAUGGAAGCGAGGUAAGCAAGGCCUCAUUAGUAAACAAAGUCUACUCAGUACGA